AUGCUUCAUGCAAUUGCACCACCACAGCCUGAUGCCGACCAUCGGCCACCCACACCACCACAAGCCGUCGCACCAAAGGGUAAUUUGUUUAUUGAGGUGAGCAUGGGUUCAGAGCUGAAUGUAAGAGUGGAUGAGGUGACUGAAAAUAGUUGCUUGCCUACUGAAAAGAGUAAGAGGAAAGCUUCGAAAAGAAUUCACAAGGCUGAGAGGGAGAAACUGAAGCGUGAGCAAUUGAAUGAGCUCUUUGAUGAGCUGGUCUCUGCUCUUCGUAAAUUUCUUUUCAAUGGGAACUUUUAA